UCUCUGGUCCAUGGUUAUGGUUAUGGUUAUGGUUAUAUAGUCAAAGAAAGCGAUCAAUACACAAUACACAAUACACAGACGAAAAUCGAGAGAGAUUUCUCGUAAAAAUGUACUCUUCACGAUGCCGUAAUUGAAAACAGUAAUAUCAAAACUAGCAUUAUAUUCGGAAUAGUCGACAUGGAUGCAAAAUGGCUCAAUACAGAUUUGAAGCGUCUACUUUAUCGAGAUGGGUUGGCGGAACUUUGGAACGAAAUGAUUCGCGACGGAGAAAUUGUUGGUUCCUUUAGCGAUGGCUUGAUCAAUGCCUCGGGUAUAAUAUCGAGAAAAGGUGAAAGCGGUCAUUACUAUUGUAAUAUGAGGGUAUUGUCAUGUCUGUGUUGCGACGGUAUCUGCGGUCCGCAACAAGGUUGCAACUGUGGACCGUGUCAAAAGCUAGACGAAGAGGAAGCGGCAAGAGCAAACGCGUUCGUGGAGAAAACCAUUCCAGCUCGUCAUAUGAUGGAAUCGUGGCUUUGGGGACCUCAGCCAUCUCUAUCCGACUUGACCACGUGUAUCGAUUUACUAAUCAAGGAACAAAGAAAAUUAUGUUACGAAGUUGCGAAUAGCACGUUAUCCGCUACACGAUUGAAGCAGCGUUUGGUAUUAGCACGACGAUAUUUUACUGCUCUUUCUCGUCAUAAACCACAGGAGACUAAAGAUAUUCCGCAAACAUCGAGACUCUCUACUAAAUUACAAAAGAUGAUGAGACCUAACGAGAACGCGACGUUACGUUUAGCACGAGUAGGAUCUCGUGCGGCGCUAAAUUUUUCAUUCGCGUAUCUAAGACGAGCUUGGAGAUCCGGGGAGGAUAUAGAAUUAUGCAGCGAACUUCUGUCCGAAUCGUUGGAAGCUUUACAGUCCUUGCCAGAAGCCACUCUUUUCGACGAAAACAACGUUUCCCAAGUUUGGCUCGAAGUAGUGGAGCGAUCAGCGAAGUUCUUAAGACAAGUUGUUACAGGAAAUAUAGUUAGUGGAAGAUCGUGGUGCCCUAUUCCCUUAUCCGAUCAACACACGGCUUUGUGUUUACUGUUGGAAUUGGUAACGCAAAGAGCUACGCUGUCCAGUUUGUUAGAUUCCGUUUGUUUGCUACUGUUUCUCAGCGAUACGCACAAAAAUCAAGAUAAUCGCGUAAUGCCACCUGGAAGCACGGCACCAUUGGUACCGCUACUGAGACGUUUGAACACGAUUCCAGCCUCGAGAUCGAGACAAAUAGAGGAGAACGUGGCGCCAGACCCUUGUCAAGUUUUACUCAAGUACUUGAAGCUUCCCGAAGACGAUACCACGUCCGUCGAUUUACGAAAAGCGGCGGUGAUCGUAAUGUGUAAUUUGAACAGAUUGGCUGCUCCUCUGUUGCCUCCAGUCGUCACCGACAGCUUUCCGAAAAAUUCAAAUCAAACGUUUCAAAAAGUUUUAGCUUGGGGAAUCGUGAAAUUUGGCAACGGCUCGUCUCCAUUUUAUUGCGACACGAUCGCGGAGCUCGGUGUUAAGCAACUUUGUUGUACCGAGCGAGCCCUCAUGAUUCUAUCAAUCAGUGGAAACGUUUACACGAUAAAUUACGAACGGAGAUCUCAGGACCUUCAAAAAGUGGAGGGAUUCUCGGAUAAGCCUGUAACGAUGAUUGCCUCUCACUGGGCCGGUAAUCAUUAUUUGGCUUUAACGCAAGAUAAUUCUGUGUACUCGUGGGGGGAAGGAGUGGGUGGACGUUUAGGACACGGCGAGAGAAAAUGGUACAAGGAACCGAAGCUGAUCGAGGCAUUGGCCGACAAGAACAUCAUGUUUAUAGCUUGCGGAAAUAUGUUCUCGGCUGCGAUUAGCUCGACCGGUGAAUUGUACACUUGGGGAAGAGGAAAUACAGGAAGACUCGGUCAUGGACAUUUGGACGAUGUACUGAUUCCAACGUUGGUAACCGCUCUGAACGGGCACAUGGUCGUCCACGUGGCAUGCGGUAGCGAUGAUUCGCAAACGUUGUGCGUGACCGCGUCGGGUGUGGUGUUUUCGUGGGGUGAGGGAGAUUAUAGAAAGCUCUCGAAAGGAGAUUGCGAUGGUUUCAAAACGCCGAAGGUCGUCGACAAAUUAUUGGACAUAGACGUAGUAAAAGUGUAUUGCGGCGGCCAAUUUUCAGCGAUUUUGACGGCGUACGGAGAGGUUUACAGUUGGGGUAAGAAAGAAUCGUACCGCCUAGGCCACGGAAACGAAGAGUACGUGCAAUACCCGAAAGUAAUCGAUGCGCUGAAAGGGAAAAAGGUAAAGGAAUUGUACGUGGGAAGCUGGCACGUUCUCGCGUUAACGGAGGAUCAGUUGGUGUACGGAUGGGGGAUGAACGAUAACGGCCGAAUCGACCCGGCGUUGGAUACGGUCGUGCCUGAGCCUACUCUGUGCCCUAGCUUGUCCGGAAAGAAUCCGAUCGGUUUAACGUGUGGCCCGGCACAGAGUUUCGCGUGGUCAAACUCUACUACUCCGUCGGCUUGGCCGGUUGCCAGCAGAGUGGCGUUCGUCGUGGACAUUUGCGAAGACACCUUUCGACAGCUGGAUACUUUGUUGGGCCACGGCUGCGAAGGAUUGCCGGGGACACGGCCGCCUACCCAGGAUCGAGAAUGUUUGGCGGUGGCCACCUUGAAUUUGAUUCGAUUGCAGCUCCAUACGAUGGUAGCGCAUAACGUCGAUGGCAAGUACGUCGGACUCGCCGGUACUCCGUUGUUAAAUUCUUUGAAACAACGAUGCGUGACGCUCGCGAGCAGUACAGGAAUUUUGGCGACGAUUCAGGAGGCAGCGCAGGCCGUCUUGCAAACCGGUUGGAGCAUUCUGUUGCCCACGGCGAACGAACGGGCAAAGACGCUGCCGAAUUUCUUGUCGAAAGCGAACGGGAACUUGGAUCAAACGAACACUAGCAACGGUCAACAGUUUAUGGCGGAUUUGUUGGUUUCCAGUUUGAUGGCGGACGGUGGCCUGGAAUUGGCGCUCAAGACAGCGAUGAAAGCGGAAACGAGCAACGUAGCCGACGAGAACGAGUUUCUCGUGGCGAAGAACACGUGCAAAUCCAGCGAUGCGAAACAAGCCAAGGAACUGAACUCCGAGAAGAAUAAUGCAACCAUAUCUCUGUUGCAGCUGGUGAAACAGUUGAUAAAAAACGGCACCUGUAUUACGCAGUCCAGGCUACAGCAGGGCUGGACGGAACAGGUGGUCCGCCAGGAGGAAUCGCAGCAAAGGAGCGAUAGCUCUCCCAGCCUGAAUCUGCUGCUAAAGUUUCAACGGUUACUGGUCGCUCGCGUUUACGAGUGCAUCAACGAAUCCAGAACGGAAAACUUGUGCGGCGACCAGGAGAUGCUCGGUGCUGAAUCGCUUUUAAAGAAGUACAUAUCGCAAAUUUCCGUUCACGUGACCGAGAUAAUGUCAUCGGCGGCCGAGCUGGCGAACGCGAGCGUCAAGCAGUUCGUUUUCGUCGUCACCGUUCUAAGGGGCGACAUCGUAAACGUUUUGCUCCCCGAGCUGGUUACGUGUCUGAUAUUGUUGCAGGUAGACUAUCCGAUGUUGUUGCUCGGUAUGAACUGGAUGGAAGUAAUGACUCCGAUGCUGGACGCUCUCGAUCAGUUCAACAAGCUGAUGCCGACGAUCGAGAAAAACGAGGCGGACGAUCUGUCCUGGCCGGGUAUCAUAGCUCCGCAGCACGGCACCAAGAUCUCGAUAUCGGACGAGCCGUCCGUUAUUCGUUGGGCCGAUCUCGAGAAUCAUAAUCGCGACGGCGGCCUUUGGGUGGUGGUGAACAACAACGUGUACGACGUUCAGGACGUACAAGACGUUCGACUCGAUACGAUAGCGAUCGGCGGGAAUUCGUUGGAGGGUCUGCAGAAAACCGUGGCUGGCUGGGACCAAAACCAAACGAAUCAGGUCGCAGUUCGCGGCCACCUACCACCACGAUCCAUGAUGGAUUCUUACUUCGUCGGUCAUUACUGUAACUCCGACCCGGAGAACACGGAAAUCACGAUCGACGUCACGGACGUGUGCUCGUCUCUGAUCGACACGGAGAGAGCCCUCGGUUUUCUCUUGGGAUUGCACGCUCACAGGAUGCGGCAAAGCUCGCCGUUGCAGCCGGCGGAAGAGGAAGCCGGCGUUUGGUUGAACGCGAACUUCUUGAGAGGAGGAUUGCAAAUUUUGCAGCCACCGAAUCCUUACGAGGAGGAGAAAGGGGAGGCGAGAAGCAACACUUCGACGGCGGCGAACUCGCCGACGGAACCGCCUCUUCCCGCGCGGACCAAGAACGAACCGCAAAAGGAGAGGGACGAUCGCGUCACGGCGUUCAUUUACGCGUUGGCCGAGACUCAUAAAACCGACGCGCAGGUUCAUUCUUUUUUAACGAUAAUCGACAAAUACACAAAGGCCAACAAUCUGUUGGCGCACACCGAGUUCGUCGGCGAUCACCCGGUGGAAGAGGUUAGCCGUCUUUUAAUGGCGGUUAUCAUAAAGCACUUGGCGUUGGGUCAUCAGGCGAUCGCGUUGAUCGACCAGGAAACGGGAAACGACAACAACGCGAAGCUCACGAAACCGUUGGCCGACAUGGUCAGAGCGAUACAUCGAAUCAAAUGGAAUUUGAUACGUAUCAGGCAACAGCAGAACAGAAGCUACAAAGAGGUGUGCGCCCCGGCGCAGGAGAAGUGCAGAUUUCUUCUUCACGAGGUAAGAUCUGCGACCAGUUACGAGAUAAAAGGAUUGCAGGAUUUGAAGCUGUUGCACACGGUUCCCAGGUUCAAGAAGAUCGUUAGAACGAUUAUAAGAGACGUCCGAAGGAACAGAGGGUCACCGAGCAAACCGGAAGACAUCGUGAACGCCUCGAUACAAAACGCGCGAAUCAAAGCCAAGUCCGACGAGGAUACGACGCCGAAAGAGGUCAGACCGCCGCCGAUCGCGGCCGCGGCCGCUGCCUCUCCGAAACUCGAGACCAUGUCGGACACGAGGAAUACGAUCGCCAAGAUAACCGAAAGGGUGAAGCAACGAACCUUGAACAUAGAUUCGAGCGAUUUGAUGACGAAUAUCAUAAACUUUGUGGUAACGGAGGACGGCGGGGUCGUCGAGACCCUACGUCGAGCCAUGUAUUGUCAAAUGCAGCGCGUCAAGUUACGCGAGCAGGGGAUCCUGAUGAUGCAACAAUUGCUGAAGAAAGAUUGCUUGAUAACGUCGGUCAAGUACUCGUUGCUCAAUGGUUGGCUCGGCUUGUCGCACGAGAAUAAAUAUCUAAACGACGGUAUAACGCACUGUCUGAAGAACAUUCAGUUGGUAACGCCUUAUCAAAAGUCGAGAAUCAUCUUGGCCGAGGCAGAGGUGACGUCGUGGGCCGUGGAAGCUUUGCGGGCGUACGUCGUUCAAGCGGAGCUGCCGAGCAAACCGAAAGUUAGCGACAAGAGCAGCUUGAAUCAGGGAACGUAUACAUGGCUGCGAAAGUUGCCGAGAGCCAGGUUCUUGUUGACGAUACUGGGAAUGCUGACCAACUACCAGCACGCGAACGAGAUUGGAUUGCUGAUCAACUCGGGCACGAUAUCGAGCAUUUUAACGUUGCUCAGACAGAUCGGACCCACGGUGUCCGCGGGUGUGGUAGACGAAUCGAAAACGAAAGACGCGAUAGCCAUAUACGAGGACAAUUUGGAGAAGAGCAAACCACCGAGUGUUCAACUGAGCGGUAUGGAAUUGGCGGCCCUGAUGAAAAUCGGGACGAGAGUGGUUCGCGGCGUUGAUUGGAAAUGGGGCGAUCAGGACGGACCGCCGCCAGGCGAGGGUCGAGUGAUCGGAGAGCUCGGCGACGAUGGCUGGAUCCGAGUGCAAUGGGAUAACGGUUCAACCAACUCGUAUCGUAUGGGUAAAGAAGACAAGUAUGAUUUGAAGCUGGCUGAGCCACCAACUCCGCCGGAGACCGAUUCCGACGUGGAUUCGCCGGUUGACGCCGCUAAAGGAAAAAUUGAGAAACGAACCGAUACGCUCGGGGAUAUACAUCCGACUACUUGCCUAAAGUCCGCCUCCGUCACCGUUCUUCGCAUCAUUUUGCUUUGCUGCGGCCUAGAAGCCGACAAGGUAGCUCCUUCCGCUAUAAAGAUACUCGCAUCGGUUUUACGCGGCGUAACGUCGUCCGCGCAAAAGCCUGGCCACAACUCGCACUCGCAACUAUCGAGGGAACAUCACGUAACCUGGGCCACUCUUAGUCUGUUGAGAGCGAUCGCCAAGUCCUCGGAACUCUGCAAAUCUCUCAACACCAAAACGUGGAUCGAUUUUCUCCUGUCCGUGAUCGCCGAGGAGGAUGACCCGAAUUUGGAGGAGCAGAUCAUGUCCGUGCGCUUGCUGGCGGCCGUUUUACCGUCUUGGUCGGCCGACAAUCCCAACACGAUACCUUUUCUCGAGAAAACCUUUCGCAUAUUGGGACACAUCGCGCUGGCCUCCGACCUCGGCUCGUCGACAGAACUUUACUCCGACAAAUGUCGCGUGUCGCUCACUGCCUCCCACAGUUCCACGAUCGUCGAGGAGCUCGUCUCUCUUAUCCGAUAUUUGCACACGCUCCCGAAAUGGAACGCGACGUUGAACGCGUUUCUAGCAGCUAAAUUAUUUCUGGCUUCCGAUCUUUUCAGCGACGGCCCGUUGUUUCACAUACAAGUGAACGAGAACGGCGGGGAGAACAGCGCGAAUAUUCAACAAACGGUGAUGGCUGCUUUGAUCGUCGUGGGAGGCCUCGACGACAGACCGAGGAUCGGUGGUUUGGUCGACGUCGACGGACAAGUGGGUACCAUAUGCAAAUUCACCAAGCAUUCGAAGAUCCUCGUACAGAUGCACGACAGCGACGCGCGGAAAAUAGUUCCGUUCUUCGCGGUGAAACAUCUCGGCGAAAGAUUUCGUUUGGAUCGGAUGCCUAUGCCCGACUCUUUCUUGUCCACUUGGGCGAAUUUGUUGCUGGGCCAUCGCGGAAUGGACAAGAGGCCGAACGGUAUGCCUGUGAUAGCCGGCGUGGUGAACGCGUCCAUUUUACGGAAUCAACAGCAACAGCUCGCCGCGUUGAACGCUGGAAAGACGCUUUUGGAUCAUCAGACUAAAUUGAGAAAAGUAUUGAGAUACACGAUAAAUAGGAACAACGACGGAAACGCGAACGACGACGACAUCGGUGGUUGCGGCGACGACAACGGUCUCGGCUGCGGUAGCAACGGCGUCGAAGACGACGAAGAAGACGACGACAAUAACGACAACGACGACGAUGCCGCUGUUGUCGCUGCCGCUGCCGUCGCCGACGACGAGGACGACGACGACGACGACGACGACGACGACAAUAACUACAUCGACUACUACAACGACGAAAUAAUCAUCAGCCGGGAAAUCGAGUUGAAAAGUUGGGGUGGCGAUGCCGCCAACGGCAACGACAACGCCAUCAACGACGGCGACUGCGAAAACGAUAACGUCGUCGACGACGGGGACGAUUUUCGCGACAGACGCGUGACCCUAUUCCAGGAGAUGCUGGUUCGAGCUACGAGACCGCAACCGUUGAAGCCUAUAUUUAAACGAAAGGAAUUGGAAGAAGCCGCUUUGGCGGUCUCUCAAUAUUUAGCCAGCGAGCUGAGACACUCUCCUAUUCAACGCGCUGCUCGCUCCUCGGAACCAGAGUCACCCGCGUCGGAUUGUUCGCUGGUGUCGUUAACGUCCAGCCAGAAGAAACACUGCAGGAGCAACGGAAGGAGAUCCUCUCCGCCGCCUAUGAGCCCGUUGGUAGCGCGAUUCACGGAGAUGGGAUUCCCGAAGAAGAGCGUCGAGUUCGCGAUAAAAAGUUUGAGCACCAACGUUGGGUUCGUGACCGCGGAAAGCGUGGUAGCUUGGCUCAUAGAGAAUCCCGACGUAACGCUGAGUCACAGCGAAACGCUCUCGAGCGUGUACGGCUCGUCGGACCUCGAGGACUCGACCAGCGAAAACAUGGACGACUCCCCGUCUACUCACGACCCCGUCUCCUCGAUGAUGCCGCCCAAUUACAUGAAACGAUCCGACUUUUUGUCCGUCGACGAAUACGCGAUUUACGUGCGUGACAAUCUGAUUCCAGGGAUGCUGGUGAGGUGUUGCAAAAGUUACGAGGAAGUGGAGUACGGAGACGUUGGCCAGGUGAUAAAAAUCGACCCGGAAGGUUUGCACGAUCUGAACGUUCAAGUCGCGUGGCAGCGCAAAGGCGGCACCUAUUGGGUGAGAUUUAUUCACAUCGAGCUGCUGGGCCAUCCGCCGACGAUAACGGGUCCCGUCGAGCUGAAGAUCGGCGACAAGGUGAGAGUGAAGGCGUCCGUAACCGUGCCCAAGUACAAAUGGGGAUCGGUGAAUCAUCAAAGCGUGGGGAUCGUCACCGGCGUGAUAAACAACGGAAAGGACGUGUCCGUCGAUUUUCCUCAACAGAGCGGCUGGACCGGUUGCGCUGUAGAAAUGGAAAGGGUGCCGUCCUGCCAUCACUCGGUCGCUUGCAAUUCUUGCCACGUGUUGCCUAUAUCCGGUCCGAGGUUCAAGUGCAAGUAUUGCGAGCACUACAACCUGUGCGAGAACUGCUUCUACACGAAACGUUAUCACCGACACGGAUUCAAUCGAAUCGCCGAGCCAGGCUCGGCCGCGGUCUACGCUGGCAAACCUGGCAAGUAUCACAGGCAAGAUCACGCGGAAUCGUCGCUGAUCGACGACUGGUACAAGUGUAUUCGCACGUUGAGCGUGUCCUCGCGAGAAAGUUGGGCGACUCGGCUCGUCGACCAGUCCGGACAGUACUGGCAAAGUUGCGGCUCUCAGGGCAAGCACUGGAUCCGGCUGGAAAUGUUGCCAGGGAUUCUUGUACACUCGUUGAAGAUCAUCGUGAACCCGAAAGACAGUAGCUACAUGCCGUCGUUGAUCGCGGUAAACGUCGGUUACUCGUUCAACAAUCUGACCGAGUUGGAGACCAUCAGCGUACGCAACACCGACACCAGCGUCCUCCUCUUGCAGGAUCUGAAAGUCUAUUAUCCUUGCAUCGAGAUCACGAUAAAGCAAUGUCGAAACGGCGGCAUAGACUGCAAGAUCCACGCAUUGAAGAUAAUCGGUAAGAGAAUGGUAUUCGAGAAUCAGUUGGCGACCUCCGUUUCUUUUCUAGCAUCGGACUGGGAGAUCGUUCAAGAGCAGAUGAGCUCUCAGCGUGGAACGGAGGCUCCGCAGCACUCGGCCGUUUACGUCUGGGGCUUAAACGACAAGGAUCAGCUGGGCGGACUGAAGGGAUCGAAGAUCAAGCUUCCCGUUUAUAGCGAAAUUCUAUCGAAAUUGAAACCCGUGCACAUCGCCGGCGGUAGCAAGACCCUGUUCGUCGUUAGCCAAGACGGAAAACUGUUCGCUUGCGGAGAAGGUACGAACGGCAGACUCGGCCUCGGCAACGACAGCAACGUAUGCGAGCCAAAGCCUAUUCCGUUCUUGAGUCAGUACGUGAUAAAAAAGGUAGCGGUACAUUCCGGGGGAAAGCACGCCCUGGCGCUCACCCAGGACGGCAAAGUGUUCUCCUGGGGCGAGGGAGAGGAUGGGAAAUUAGGUCACGGGAAUUGUCUCUCUCUGGACAAACCGAGAUUGAUAGAGUCUCUGAAAUCGAAAAGAAUCCGUGAUAUCGCCUGCGGAUCCGGUCAUUCGGCCGCUAUAACGAGCAUCGGCGAACUGUACACCUGGGGCCUCGGCGAGUACGGAAGGUUGGGACACGGCGAUACCAGCACGCAAUUGAAACCGAAGUUGGUGCAAUCGUUGGUAGGCCAGCGCGUGAUACAGGUCGCCUGCGGGAGCAGAGAUGCUCAGACGAUGGCGUUGACGGCCGACGGCUCGGUUUACUCCUGGGGCGACGGAGACUUUGGGAAACUCGGCCGCGGAGGUAGCGACGGUUGCUACACGCCCUUGUCCGUGGAUCGUCUCAACGGUCUAGGCGUCGUGCAAAUCGAGUGCGGCGCUCAGUUCUCGCUCGCGUUGACCAAGUACGGGGAGGUGUGGACUUGGGGCAAAGGAGAUUACUUUAGAUUAGGCCACGGCAACGACCAUCACGUCCGGAAGCCUACACUGGUGGACGGACUGCGCGGAAAGAAGGUGGUUCACGUGGCUGUGGGUGCUUUGCACUGUCUGGCGGUGACGGACACCGGGCAGGUGUAUGCCUGGGGCGACAACGAUCACGGCCAACAGGGCAACGGUUCGACGAUCGUCAACAAGAAGCCGUCGUUGUUGCACGAGCUCGACGAUACCAGAGUAAAUCGUGUGUCUUGCGGCUCGAGCCACAGCGUUGCGUGGGUUCUCACCGAUCAACCGCCGGCCAACAAUCAAGAACCGGUCACGUUUCCAACGGCGAAAGACCCGCUCGGCCAGUCGUCGCUGAAAUUUAAAAACGCUGCGGAGACGACCACUUGUCCACCAUCCUGUUCAAAGAGCAGCCACGGUCACGGGAACGCGGCAACUACGGGUAACAACGGAAUCGAUGCCUCGUCGGUAAAUACCGGUAACGGUCCACGCAACACCAGCAGACCCUCUCUCUCGAGCAUCGUCUUGUCGCUCGAGAGCAACGUUGCGAAGCAACAAGCGUUGCAACACGUCAUAAACGCGCUUCGUAUAAUGCAAGCGCGGAUCGCGUUGGUGACGGCGUUACAAAGUCACUCGACCAUGAAGACCGCCAGCGGUGGCAGCUGUGCCGUCGCUGAGAUACCAUCGGACGGAGCGGUCAGCGACUCGAGCAUCGCCAGCGGAGGGCAUACCGUCUAUCAGAACGUCGGAGACAGCGCUCAAGGUGGCGGAGAGGCGCCUGCUAACGCGGCUGAGGUAGUCAAUUUGAUAACCAAUCCUAGAAUGAGCCCCGAGUCCGAGGACUACCCGAUGGCGAUGUUCCCCUCGAUGUCCAGUUCGGCGAGCUUGUCGUCGCGCGCCUCGAAAAUGUCGACCAGCGCGAUGAGCGUGAUCGCCGCUACGCUCACGUCGAACGCCCAGGUGGUCGGCGAAGGAAUUUCAGGUUACUCGAGUUUAGACGAUUUCACGUCGACGCUGACGGAGGACGACGCCAGGAUGCUGGUCGACUUGCUCAAGUUGGCCGUCGCGAAUCGCGUAUGCGACGGCGCCAAGGAGACUAUAUCAUCGGUGCUGAUCGCGUUGGCUAAAACGAAUCAUUCCAUUCGGAGCAUGAUAAUGGAGCUUUGCAUCAUGGAGUUGGAGGACACCGUGGCGAACUCGAACAACAGGAAGAACGUACCGCAACAGGUGAUGCAGGAGAGCCUGCAUCCGUAUAUAGACGGGACCACGUUGACGGGGCACGUGAGGAUUCCUGGUGCUGAGGCGUUGAGGAUCGAGUUCGAUCGACGAUGCUCCACCGAAAGAAAGCACGACCCUUUGGCGAUAAUGGAUGGAAACAAUAGAGUGGUGGCCGUGAAAUCUGGUCGAGAGUGGAGCGAGUGGGCCGGCGAAAUCCGAAUUCCAGGCGACGAGCUCAGGUGGAGGUUUACUUCAGACGGAUCCGUGAACGGAUGGGGAUGGCGGUUCACGGUGUACCCGGUGCUCGCUACUCACGCGCCCCACGAGCUAGUCUCUGAUAGAGCGGUUCUCUCGCAGCCGUCUAUAGCUUUGACGGAAUGUCUGCUGGACAACGGUCUGAUCAAUUUGGAUAAGAACGUCGCCACGCGUCUCGCUGCAACCUUGGCUCAAUGUAGCCAAUUGAGCGUGCUGUCGGCGCAGCAACGGAUGUGGGCGCUGAAGAAGUUGCAAGUUGUUUACACGACCAGACCAACGAUUAGACCGGACCUCGCUCUGUCUUCUCUUCUCGGCUCGCUGCCGCAAGCCCUGCUGAAGCAGUACGCUUACGAGGACCCUUUGGUCAGGGGAGGGAAACAGUUGAUGCACAGCGAUUUCUUCAAGGUCCUCGUGGCGCUCGCCUGCGACAUCGAAUUGGAUGGAAUGCAAUGCUGCUCGGAAAUUUACAAAUGGUCCUGGUUCCGAAGGUACUGCCUGUCCGCCCGUGUCGCCAAGUCCCUCGUCAAUCGAACACCGCUUCCUAAACCGUUCUGUCACGGUGUCAUGAUGCGCAUCAACGAAAUGAUCACGGCUGGAGAGGGUAGCAGCAAGGAUCACGAGAACCACGAACUGUUCAAGCAGGAACACGACGAACAGUUGCUACAGUGGUUGAAUCGUCGACCGGAAGAUUGGACGUUGCCGUGGGACGGAUCCGGGGCGAUUUACGGAUGGGGUCACAAUCAUCGCGGUCAGCUGGGCGGUCUCGAAGGAGCCAAGGUGAAAUUACCUGUUCUCUGUGAAAGUCUCUCCGCGUUGCGUCCUGUCCAGCUCACCGGUGGCGAGCAAACUUUGUUCGCCGUCACUGCUGAUGGAAAAGUCUAUGCAACCGGUUACGGGGCACUUGGACGUCUCGGAAUCGGAGGAACGGACUCUGUUAUGGUACCGACUCUGUUGGAGUCCAUUCAACACAUAUUCGUCAAGAAGGUCGCGGUGAAUUCCGGUGGUAAACACUGCCUCGCUUUGAGUUCCGAAGGACACGUGUACUCGUGGGGCGAGGGCGACGACGGUAAAUUAGGUCACGGCAACAGGUUGUCGUACGACCGACCGAAACUGAUCGAGGAGCUGCUCGGUACCGAAAUCGUCGAUGUAGCUUGCGGUGGUCAUCAUAGCGCGGCGAUAACGAGCGCCGGCUGGCUCUACACUUGGGGAAAAGGUCGUUAUGGACGUUUAGGACACGGAGACAGCGACGAUCAAUUGACGCCGAAAUUGAUCGAAGCGUUGCAGGAUUACAAGGUAAUCGACGUCGCCUGUGGGAGCGGAGACGCGCAGACUCUUUGCGUUACCGAUGACGACAACGUUUGGAGCUGGGGCGACGGUGACUACGGAAAGUUGGGCAGAGGUGGUAGCGACGGUUGCAAGGUCCCGAUGAAAAUUGAAUCUCUCGCUGGACUCGGCGUCGUUAAAGUUGAAUGCGGUAGUCAAUUCUCCGUGGCUUUAACGAGAUCCGGAGCUAUAUACACAUGGGGUAAAGGAGAUUACCAUCGUUUAGGUCACGGUACGGACGACCACGUGCGCAGACCGCGCAAAGUGGCAUCCCUUCAGGGGAAGAAAAUCAUCUCCAUAGCGACGGGCUCGUUGCAUUGUGUAGCGUGUUCCGAUAAAGGUGAAGUUUUCACUUGGGGCGAUAACGACGAGGGUCAAUUAGGCGAUGGAACGACGAGCGCCCUUCAAAGACCGAGACUGGUCCACGCGUUGCAAGGUAAAAAGAUAACACGAGUCGCUUGCGGUAGCGCCCAUACUUUAGCGUGGAGCACGAUAAAAGCCACGCAGAGCAGAAUGCCUGCCGCUACGCCGAUGGAGUACGAUCUGGUCAAGGAUCUUCCUUUUCCUGUACUGCACAACCGGCUGGUACUUCUUCAUCACUUCGCCGAAUUACUUUGUCCGUGUUUGCCGAUGUUCCCGAUCACUGGACCCCUAAGCUUGAGUAAAUUAGCGCCAUUGUUGGUGUACAGCAUCAAAGAAGCAACGUUUCGUAAAGUGGUCCAAGCAACGAUGGUCAGAGAUCAGCAACACGGGCCAGUCAUAGAAUUGAAUAGAAUCCAGGUGAAACGAGCCAGAGGAAAGGGUGGAUUGGCCGGGCCGGACGGCAUUAAGUCGGUCUUUGGUCAAAUGGUCUCGAAGAUGUCUCUAUUAACGCAAGACGUCCUCUUCUUCCCCCAUAGGGUCUGGAAAGUGAAAUUCGUCGGGGAGAGCGUGGAUGAUUGCGGUGGCGGGUACAGCGAGAGUAUCGCGGAAAUGUGUGACGAAUUACAGAACGGUUCCCUGCCGUUGUUUAUACCGACUCCAAAUGGCCGAGACGAUAACGGCACUAACAGAGAUUGUUUCCUAUUGAAUCCGACGGCCGAUUCGCCGUUGCAUAUGAACAUGUUCCGAUUCCUUGGAAUCCUGAUGGGAAUAGCGAUAAGAACCGGGAGCCCGUUGAGCUUGAACUUGGCGGAACCCGUGUGGAAACAAUUGGCGGGUACACCGUUAACUCCCGCGGAUUUAACCGAAGUCGAUAGAGACUACGUUCCAGGAUUAUUAUGCAUCCGGGACAUGGAUCCCGAUGAGAAGGAAUUUCAAACUCUCGAAAUGCCUUUCUCCACGCCGUCGGCUGUAGGUCGCGAUGUGCCUCUAUCCAAUAGAUAUCAAAAAAUUACACCUACAAAUAAGCACGAGUACGUUCGGUUGGCAUUGAAUUAUAGACUGCACGAGUUCGAUGCCCAAGUGGCUGCCGUUCGCGACGGAAUGUCGAAAGUGAUCCCGGUACCUUUCCUGGCAUUGUUCAGCGGAGCAGAAUUGGAAACGAUGGUUUGCGGCAGCCCAGACAUACCUCUUACUUUGCUCAAAUCUGUUACAACUUACAAAGGUAUCGAAGGAUCGGCACCACUGAUUCAAUGGUUCUGGGAGGUGAUGGAAGAGUUUUCGAAUCAAGAGAGAUCUCUGUUCCUGCGAUUCGUUUGGGGUAGAACUCGUUUGCCACGCACCAUUGCCGAUUUUCGCGGCAGAGACUUUGUCCUACAGGUAAUGGACAAGUACAAUCCACCCGAUCACUUUCUACCCGAAAGUUACACGUGCUUUUUCCUCCUGAAAAUGCCACGGUAUUCGUGUAAACCGGUGCUGCGUCAAAAGCUAAAAUAUGCGAUACAUUUUUGCAAAAGUAUCGACACCGACGAAUAUGCCCGUGUUCAAGCCACCACCAAUUCAGACGAAGAAAUGGACAGUCUCGCCAGCGAAGAGCAUACCUCGCUUUAACGAAAUCGACACCAAAAUCUUUUCCUUGG